CUUCUGAUUCUGAAAUCUUGAUGAACCAUGUUAAAGACACUGCAUGACAAUGAAAAAAACACUUCUAAACUAGCCUUUAAGGCAUGACGAAUGUGAAGUUACGCAAUUUAUAAAUUUAGUCAGAAAAUGAUGGAAAUGUAGGGGAGGAGGCAGUGGGUCAUGAUGUUUCCUGCCCAUGUCUUACCACAGUUCUACCACUGCAACAGGAAAUCAACACAUGUAUAAGAACAGCACUGUUCCCCAUAAUCAGAGAGGAGGUGCUCCACCACUGUGCACCUGCACAACUAAGCUUGUAUCUCAUGUGCUCGAAACAUACGGUGGAGCUUUCUUCAACUGGAGAUCAGACAACAGAUAAGAAGCAAAACAAUUUGUAGGAAGCGUUUAUGAGAAUCGACCUACGCUCACUGACUUUCAUCAAAAACCCACUCGGCAACGAUGAAUGGGACCGGUGGCGCCUGCAGUACCCCCUCAGCAGAGUACCAGUCCUACUUCUUCCCAGCGGUCUACAUCCUCGCUUUAGUAGUAGGCCUACCAGGAAACCUGAUCGCCCUUUUCGUCUUCACCCGCAAGACCACCCCCCGCACGGCCUUCAGCGUUUACAUCAGCAAUCUCGCCGCGGCGGACGUCGUCAUCCUCUGCACGUUGCCCUUGAAGAUACACUACCACCUCCACCGAAACAACUGGGCCUUCGGCGAUGUCGCCUGUCGCGUCACCGGCACCCUGUACUUCGCCAACAUCUACCUGAGCAUCUUCUUCAUGACCUGCAUCUGCGUGGACCGCUACAUGGCCACCGUGCACCCGCACAGCCACCUGAAGCUGCGGAGCCACCGGUGCUCGCUGGUUGUGAGCGUGGUGCUCUGGUGCGUCAUGGCGGUGGCCAUGCUGGUCUUCGUCCUCAUGGGGCCCCUGAACACCGACGUGCCCGGAGGCAACAGCUGCUUCGAGAAUUUCGCCAAAGAAGAGUGGGACAAGCGCUUGCUGGGGUACAGCCUGCUGUGCCUGAUCUUCGGCUCCCUGGUGCCGUCCGCCAUCAUCCUGGUGUGCUACCCGCUGGCCGCGAGGCGCAUUUCCCUCAUAAGGACUAAAACGGCGCAAAAGGCCGUGAGGGCCAUUUACACCAUCCUGGCCAUAACGCUGCUCUGCUUCCUGCCCAGCCACGUGGCGUACCUGCUGCACCUCCUUCGCCGGAUGGGGGUCAUCCAGAGCUGCUCUCUGGUGACCGCCAUCUACCACGCCAGGCGGGUCACCAUGGCGCUGGUCACCUUAAACACGUGCCUGGACCCCGUGCUUUACUACGUCGCCACCGCCCACUGCAAAUGGAAGCGGCUGAAGAUGGCGUGGCUGCGGGGGAGAGUCCGGAGACAGAGGGGGGUGUACACCAUCGCAAUGAGCUGAAUAGUAACGACGUGUGCACGCCGUGCCCAUCUCCUUAGACGGGUCAAUGAUCAUGAACGAUUAAAAAAAAAAAAAGAAGUGUUUAUUGAAACUGACAUCAAAAUUAAGGGACAAUUCAGA